AAUUCCACAUAAAACCCAACCCCCCUCCCACCACCUCUUUCAUCUUACUUUCGCCUCUCAAAUAUCAAUCCAUCCACCCGUUUACCAGUCUUCCAAAGUUUCCGAAUCUUUUUGCUUUUUCUCACCGCCGUUGUCCGUCACCCAAAGGUUUAUUCUUGUGGGGAAGAAUAACCUUAUUUAAUAAACAAGGUACAUUAUCUCUCACCAAAGAUGAGCGUAGUUGGAUUUGAUCUUGGGAAUGAAAGUUGUGUCGUGGCAGUUGCCCGGCAAAGGGGGAUUGAUGUUGUUCUUAACGAUGAAUCUAAGCGUGAGACUCCCGCUCUCGUGUGUUUUGGUGAGAAACAGCGGUUUCUUGGGACAGCUGGUGCUGCAACCAGUAUGAUGAACCCAAAGAAUACUAUUUCUCAGAUUAAGCGGUUGAUUGGCAGACCCUUUUCUGACCCUGAGUUACAGCAGGAUUUAAAAGCGUUUCCUUUUUCUGUUACUGAAGGACCUGAUGGCUAUCCUUUGAUUAAUGCUCAAUAUCUUGGAGAAAAGAAGACUUUCACACCAACUCAGGUUAUGGGUAUGGUUUUUUCAAACAUGAAGACGAUAGCGGAGAAGAAUUUAAAUGCAGCAGUUGUUGAUUGCUGUAUCGGGGUGCCUGUUUAUUUCACAGAUCUUCAAAGAAGGGCUGUCAUGGAUGCAGCAACUAUAGCUGGGCUGCAUCCUCUCAGGUUGAUGCAUGAAACAACUGCAACUGCUCUGGCCUAUGGAAUAUAUAAGACUGAUUUGCCUGAAAAUGAGCAGAUCAAUGUAGCCUUUGUUGAUAUUGGCCAUGCUAGCAUGCAGGUUUGCAUAGCAGGCUUCAAAAAAGGCCAGUUGAAGAUAUUGUCUCACUCUUUCGAUCGUUGCCUUGGUGGGAGGGAUUUUGAUGAGGUUUUGUUCCAGCACUUUGCUGAAAAGUUCAAGACUGAGUACAAGAUUGAUGUGUUUCAGAAUGCCAGGGCGUGCCUCAGGCUUCGCGCUGCUUGUGAAAAGCUGAAGAAGGUGCUUAGUGCAAAUCCAGAGGCACCUAUGAACAUUGAGUGCUUGAUGGACGAUAAGGAUGUUAGAGGUUUUAUAAAGAGAGAUGAAUUUGAACAAAUUAGCGCCCCAAUAUUAGAACGCGUGAAGAAACCUUUGGAAAAGGCUCUUUCCGAAGCCCAACUCACUGUUGAUGAUAUUUAUGCCGUGGAGGUUGUCGGUUCAGGGUCUAGAGUACCAGCUGUAAUUAAGAUUUUGACAGAGUUCUUUGGUAAAGAACCAAGGCGUACAAUGAACGCAAGUGAAUGUGUCUCCAAAGGAUGUGCUUUGGAAUGUGCUAUUCUCAGUCCCACCUUUAAAGUUAGAGAAUUCCAGGUCCAAGAGAGCUUCCCCUUUUCAAUUGCCCUGACAUGGAAGGGUAAUGCCCAAGAUUCCCAGAAUGGGAACGUGGAGAAUCAACAGAGCAGUAUUGUUUUCCCCAAGGGAAAUCCGAUUCCGAGCGUGAAAGCUCUGACUUUCUACAGAGCUGGCACAUUUACCGUAGAUGUGCAAUAUGCAGAUGUCACUGAAUUGCAGGCACCGGCAAAGAUCAGCACUUACACGAUUGGUCCCUUUCAAGCAACAAAAGGUGACCGCGCAAAGGUCAAGGUGAAAGCCCGUUUGAACUUGCACGGAAUAGUCUCUGUGGAGUCUGCUCAGCUUAUUGAAGAGGAGGAACUUGAAGUUCCUGUUUCAAAGGAAACAACAAACAUGGAAAUGGACAAGGCUCCAGUUGAUGCACCUUCUGCCAAUGAAACUGAUGUUAAUAUGCAGGAUGCCACUGCGACUGAGAAUGGGGCUCAAGAAACAGGAGAUACUCCUGUUCAGAUGGAAACUGAUGCUAAGGUGGAAGUUCCAAAGAAGAAGGUCAAGAAAGCCAACGUGCCUGUUUCUGAGUUGGUUUAUGGGGCCAUGCUGCCUGCUGAUGUGCAGAAAGCAGUAGAAAAGGAAUUUGAAAUGGCUUUGCAAGACCGGGUUAUGGAAGAAACUAAGGACAAAAAGAAUGCUGUUGAAGCCUAUGUCUAUGACAUGAGGAACAAGCUGCAUGAUAAAUUGCACGAGUUUGUAACUGAGUCAGAGAGAGAACAACUCAUUGCCAAGCUUCAACAGACAGAAGAUUGGUUGUAUGAAGACGGUGAAGAUGAAACUAAAGGUGUAUAUGUAGCCAAGCUUGAAGAGCUCAAGAAGCAAGGUGAUCCCAUUGAACACCGAUACAAGGAGCACUCUGAAAGAGGAUCCUUCGUUGAUCAACUGGUUAAUCAUAUUAGUUGGUUCAGGCAGGCCGCAGCAUCUAGUGAUCCCAAGUAUGAUCACAUUGACAUGAGUGAGAAACAAAAGGUUUUGAACGAGUGCUCAGAAGCAGAAAAUUGGCUGAGAGAGAAGAAACAACAGCAGGACUCACUCCCUAAGCAUGCUGAUCCAGUUCUUUUAUUAACCGAUAUAAGAAAGAAACAUGAGGCAUUUGACAAGCUCUGUAGGCCAAUAAUGUCGAAACCAAAGCCGGCCCCACCUAAGCCUGCCACUCCUGAGAAACCAGCUUCACCUGCACCUUCCCAAGAAAGUGAGCAGCAGCAACAGUCUUCUCAAGGAGACAAUGCUGCUAGCCCUAACCCGAAUGCGGAAAACAACGUGAACUCUGAUGCAUCUGAAGCUAUGGAGACGGAGAAUCCUGAUGCUACUGCAUAAGUGAAGAAACUUUAUAAUUUUGUUUUGCUUAUGUGUUGGGCCCGUUGCUUUAAAGGACAGGGUACUUGGUUUCUUUUGGUCUAUUUUGUUAGAUCCAUGAUCUUGCUUAAAAAUUAUUUGUCGAAGUCCUAUAUGGCUAUAUCAUCAAGUUAGGUCCAUGUAUUCGAUGGUUUGUUAACUAGGGCUUUCGGUGUUUACGUGUUUGAGAUUGUAUUUAGAUUCUGAAUGAAUUUUGCUGGAUGUCACAUUCUAUGCCGUUAUUCACACACUUUAAUCUUACAAAAUGCUUAUUAUUGUUUGCUAA